GUAAAAUAAAAUGCAAAAUGGUUGAGUAAUCUCGCAAAAGUCAAAAUCCCUGCAAAUCCAACAAACCUCCACGUUUCAUCACAAAGCCAACAAAUCACCUACGAACUGCACUUCGGUAUGCUCAGAAUCGGUUGGAGCAUUCAGUCGGAACACUAGCAUUAACAAAGGAAAAAACAGGGUUUUUAUAGAGGGUGAAAUUGUUGUUUCCUUGAUGGCUGAAAUGCGAAAACAGUGCAGCGGUAUGGACAACUUUAGUAGAUUACCUGAUGACCUUGUUUUGUGUAUUAUCUCAUUACUUCCUAUGAAGGAUGCUGUUCGUACCUCUAUACUUUCAUCAAGGUGGAGGUAUCUUUACGCUUCAAGUUCUAACCUUGACUUUGAUUUGGGGUCCAAUUCUAUUGAUUUCGUGGAUUUUGUGGAUAGAGUGUUCUUUUUACGGAAGGGAUGCCCUAUAAAUAGAUUUCGUCUCAGAAUCUGUUGCUUAGAGUCAAGGGAUAGUUGCGUUUCUCGCAUUCGAGAGUGGAUAAUUGCUGUAAUGCAGCUUGAUGUUAGAGAGCUUGAAUUAUCCCUUGAUAUUGAGGUGCUACUGCUACUGCCGCCUAGUUUAUUUACUUGUGAGACAUUGGUGGUUCUGAAGUUGAGUGCUUGCCCUGAGUCUGGAGAGGAUGGUUCUGAUGAGUCGAGUUUAAAAGUCCCUGCCAAUGUUUGCCUCCCUAGUCUUCAGGUUCUUCACCUUGUAGAUUUUACCUUUUCGGAUGAUUGCCGUAAAAGGCUAUUUUCUAACUGCCCUGUUCUUGAGGAUUUAAAAUGCAGUUUCGAGGAAAGUAACUGGAAAUUCAUUGUUUGUAAUCUUAUGCUCAAGAGGCUGACCAUAACUUCCUCUGAGUACUUUGGUGGCAGAUCUGAGAUUGUGGUUGAUGCACCUGGUCUUGACUACUUGGAGUUGUCUGUUUGGGAUGUAUACUCUUGUACAUUUCUGAGCGUCCAGGCUCUUACUAAAGCCAAUGUUCGUUUUCUAUGUCAUGAAUGGGACUCUCAAGAUGAGACUUAUAAAAAUGCUGUAGCUAAUCUGAUGAAAGCCAUAAGCAACAUCCAGACAUUUCAUAUUUGUAAUUCAACUCUAUUUGAAUUUAAUUAUAGUGGCAUUCCAAUCCCUGAGUUGAACAAUAUUACUCAUUUGACAAUUGCUUCUUGUGAAGUGGGGUUCUUUCUAGAACUACAAUAUAUACUUGCAGCUUGUACAUCAUUAGAAACCCUGGUUUUGAAGGGUGCUUUUGAGUAUGAAUGGCACCCCGGAGAGGAAGUUGGAAUCAAUUGUUUGUCAUUUUGUGUGAAGAAAAUUGUAAUUUUAUGGUUUGAAGGUGGUGAAGAUGACAUUGAACUAGCAAAGUAUUUUCUUCAAAGUGCAAAAGUUCUAGCAAGCAUGGAAAUUCAUAUCAAGGGAGGAUAUCAUGAUCAAUUGGAGAUCACCAAAGAGUUACUAAGGUUACCGAGAGCCUCAAAUGGAUGCAUUGUUGACAUUGUUUAGGUUUCUCCAACUUUCUUAUAUGUUGAUUUGUCUGUUGUUAUUUCAGUUAGUCACAACUCAUUUAUCAGAGAUGCCGUCAUUUCCUUCUUCUGGAUAUGUAUGGAUUGUUUUGACAGUACUGCUUUAUUUUCUAUAUACUGGUACCUAUAUUUUGGAAUUAUAUGCUGUUCAAAACUAUCCUAUAUCAAUAAAAAGUAGUUUUAAGGUGAUACAGCUCGUCCAUGAGUAUCUAGUGAACUGUUUUCAUUUGUGUACCAUUUGGACAAUGAGAUGGCAUAGCAUUAUACUGAUCAUGAAAGAGUGGACGGAGUUGAUCAAGUUUGUAGGUGAGAUAGAUGUAUGUGAGAUCAAGUUAGUUAGUAUGUUAGUUUAGAACUUCUUUUGUUUAGAAACUGCUGGUAUAUAUUUUUCAAA